AUGCGUUCCGGAAGAGAUCGAAGGGCAGUUUCUGGAGAAAGAGCUUUGAUAGCGGCCAAGUUCGAAGAUUGUCGUGAAAACCUCCAAAGUGUCUAUGCGAUUUGCGACAAUCUCAAGGCUGUUCAUCCCGAGAUCGAUCUUGACAUUGCUGAUCAAGUAUUGACAUCGUUCAAAACUUGGGGCAACGACAUUGGGGCCUCUAGCUAUAAUUUGGAUCGAAGUCUGCGGCUGAAUCAAAGACUUCGAGAUCAGGUUGUUGCGCUACUAAAAGUCUUUCGAGAUGAACUUCAGCAAGACAUCGAAGCUCUUCAGUUUCAUGGAUCCUACCAACAAAGGGACCCCGAGAUAGUCGAUGCCCAUCUUGACGAACAGCUGGAUCUAGAAAGUCCGCUGCAGCAAAGCGAAAGUACACUGAUAGCUGCUGAAGUCCACGAGGUCUUCCUUUGUGCAGAAGAGUCACUGAAGCAGCUUAAGUCUCUCAAUCCUGCUUUGAGAGAGGCCUAUCCAGAGGAUCUGGAUGGCUGCUCGGGUAGCUCCAAUGCUUCCGGCGAUACACUGGAUAAUCCAGUACGCGAGCAUGUGGAGUUGACUAGAUCGAUGUUUCCUGGCGCAUCGAAAGUUUUGGUCGAAAGGCUCGGACGAGCCAACUGGAGACGACAACAAUCCUUGCGCGUUUUGCGCGAGAGAAGGGCCAUUGGUAUCAGCACCAAGGUCAAGAUCUCCAAACUUGGUCCUAGGCAGGGCCCCCGGCGCGAUGUUGCUGUUGACGCUUUCAACUUCCAGCAGCCAGCCCUCAAGGUCGGCAGCGAUCACACAAAGCCCUCAGUUCCUCGAAUAGAGAAAAGUCUGGACGAAUCAUACAGGCACAAGUCCGUCUCUGGCUCUGACUACAGCAACUCUUCACGUGCAGAGACAUCCGGUGCACCAUCCCUGUUCUCCCGUCCCCAUCUUUCUCGCGCAGCAUCAUCCACAUCUUAUGCGCAGUCCAUGGCUCGAAAGCCAGAUCUGACCGCUUCCUUCCAUGCGCCUGAGCAACGACAAGUACCAUUACCGCCCAAAUCCUUGGAUGGCCAACCCUUCACCUGUCCAUAUUGUUGUUUUGAGGUCAACCUAUACAAAGAGCUCAAAACCACCGAAGAUUGGGAAGCCCAUGUGUUCGAGGACUUACUCGCUUAUCUCUGCACUUUUGAUAAGUGCGACUGGAGUCGUAAAGCGUACGGAGUGCGCGACGAGUGGUACCACCACGAGCUACGAAGUCAUCUCAUACCUCAAGUAUGGAGCUGCGAAUCUUGUCAGCAAGAAUUCAAGACCAAGCCACACUUGGAGCAACAUUUGUUAAAGUCUCACUCAAAAGACUUUUCACCGGAUGAGGCUACUCAAAUGGUGUCAUUCUUGAGGCCUAUUCACUCUCGCAAGUCCUUCUCGCGAGAAAGAUGCCCUCUGUGUCCAUCUCCGUUGGACCCAGCACAGAUGAAGGAGCAUAUCGCGGAGCAUUUAGAGCAAUUAGCUCUGACAGCUGUGUAUGGAGAGGAGUCUACGGAAGAAGACGAUAGCGAUGACAUCAUGUCGCAAAGCGCUAGCGAUAACAUGUCCGAACGAGGGACGAAACUCCGGCUCCUGCAAGCUUUUGCUGAUGAGCAAGUCGCACAUUUGGGAGAACGUCCGAAACCGGCCGAGGACAUUGAUGAAAACGAUAUCGAUGAUGUUUCUGACGAGGAUAAACCAGCACCAAGCUUUUCAGGGGUGGCAGAAAGUGAAUUACCCUCGGGUGCUUGGCGAGUACAGAAGUUGAUGAAUGUUGGCGCCCGCCUGAACCGCCAGGUCGAACAAGGCUCCAAUCGAUUCCUUCAUCGGCCCCGAUCUGAUACGGACUCAACCUCGAGAUUUCCGCUUGUCGAAACAAGGACUUUCCCCAAAGAUGAAAAUUUCAAAGGGCGUGAAAAGGAACUAGCCAAUCUCUACAAGAUCCUUUCGGAGCCCGGCCGAGUCUAUGUACUGAGUGCCGAAGGUGGUAUGGGGAAAACAGCUCUGGCCGUUGAGUUUACCCAUCGGUAUGAGCAGUCGUUCGAGUACAUCUUCUGGGUUCAGGCCGAGACACAAGUCGGCGCUUCGGAAACUUUCAACCAGAUUGCUCUCAUGCUUGACUUAGCACCUCCGGGCACUGAUUCGGAGGAGUUGACAAAAUUUGGGCGAGAAUUCCUGGAAAGUACCGAGAAGCGAUGGCUAAUGGUCCUCGACAAUGUGGAAAGGUGGGAUAAUAUUGACGGGUUCACGCCAAUGAAAACAUCUGCAACAACAGGAAGCAUCCUCAUUACCACAAAGCACCAAGAGCUAACAGCACCAUCAAGGCCAAUCAACUAUUAUCGCAAAACCCUUCAAGAGCUACCGACGGAAGAAGGAAGAGAUCUUUUGCUUCACGGGCUACCCUCGGAUCUUCGGCCAUCGGCUCACUCCUUGCGAGACCCCGAGUACAAAGCUGCAGGGGAUCUGGCAACUCUGGCCGGCUUACCUUUGGUAAUUGUUCUCAUCACCGGGUAUAUGAAGGCAAUGAAUUGUAAGCCGUCAGAGUUUGCUAGCUACUGGGACUCCUGGUGGAUGGACAACAGUCCAGGUUCUGGGCCAGAAGACCAGAAAAGUACCAAAGGGAAGCUUGACACCAUUAUGAAGAUUUCCACAGAGGAUCUCAGCAGUGAUGCGAACAAGAUCCUCCGGAUCAUGUCUUUCUUAGACAGUGAUGGAGUUCCAAAGGACCUUUUGGUCGUUGAAAAAGGUCAGAAAUGGCCGACUUAUCUACAGGCCUAUAGGAUCGAACCAAUUCUGAAUCAACUGAUAUCCAAGCACUUUAUUUCUGAAAAGACUCAAGAAGGCAAGAAAAUGUACAUCGUCCAUCGAUCGGUGCAGAUAAGAAUCUUCCGGGAGCUUCACAAGAAGACUCGACAAGCUGAAGAGCUCUUCAAGCUAACUGUAGAGCUGGUCCGUCGGCGACUCCCACGUCCUUCUUUGGAAUUUCCGGACCAACAAAAAUGGAGUCAUUUCAAGGAAUACUUGCCACAUGUUGCAACCCUUCAGCGGAUCUACUCAGACCAAAAUACAGUGGUUGCUUUAACGCCAUUCAUCGAGCUUGCCGAGCUGUUCAAAGACGGCGGAGUUCUGCUGUGGCAGAGGUUUCUCCGGAAUGAUGCCAUGCGACUUCUUUUAGCUGCAGAGAGAAUCCUCGAUCAGCUUGAAACCAAUCACGACGAACUCAGAGCUGAGAUACAUGUCACUUUGAAUCUUUUGCUUCAAUACCUUGGAAUUUCCCGCCGCAAGGAGAUCAGUGAACGGUCAAAGAAGAUCCUUGAGUUCAACCAAGAUCGUGCAAGGCAGCUUGAAAUUUCUGGGAAACUCAGCGAUGUAGACAGAAUCCGAGUCAUCAACGCUUUCGCGGACUACGCCAAUUCAUUGCUCCAAUGCAACGAUUUCAAGGCGGCUGAGUCGAUAUACAAAGACUGCCAUGAACGUUUGCUUACGAUCACGUCUGAAGAGUCUGACCCUUUUUCCUUUGCAAAGCUUGCGCAUCACAUGGCUUAUUGUAGUAUGUAUCGGCACGCCUUCAAGGAAGCCAUUCAGCUCGCUGAGAGGGCUGUAGAGCUCAUGGAGGUAUUUGGCGACAAGUUGCUUGUCUUGCGGUUUCAGUUCGACCUUGCCUGCAUCACACUACAGAGUGGUGACCUGCAGGGCUCUCUGAACCAGCACGAGAUCAUCCUAGCUGAAAGGAUCAGACUACAAGGCAAAGAUAGCUACUUCACUCUGCAAAGCCAGUAUGCUGUAGGCGCAUUGUACUCCUACCUAGAAAGAUGGGACGACGCCGAAUGGCAAAUCACGAACGCCUUGCAGAAAGCCGAAGGUAAGCCAGGUAAAAGUGUCUGGCCUGAUGCUGCGACUGCAAGAGCCAAGUUCCAUCUAUCCCAGAUAUUGAAAGCGCGGAAUGGUGGCGAGAGUUCAAAGGACGCAGAAAAGCUGGCCCAAGAAGGAAAGGACGUAUUGUCAAAGUUGCUUGUUUAUGAUGACAUAUACGGAGUCAAGGAGGAAGACACAGGUGCAUUAUUCGAUCAUUUGCAGCCGGUUUUCGGAGGACGCUGGACCGGACUGAGUCUCUUGAAGUACGUAUCGAAACCAAGAGCAACCAAGUAG